AUGCAAGGCAGAAUGACCGAAUCAAAGACUGAGAGCUGGCAGCUCGCCGAUUGUAGUAAUAUCCCGAUUAUCGACCUCUCAACUUUGGAUAGUCCAAAUUUCGAUGAGAGGCGGAAACUUGCUCAAUCUAUCUAUGAUGCUUGCACUCAGGUUGGCUUCUUUUACAUCAAGAACCAUGGUAUUCCGGAGGACAAGAUAGAUGGCAUACACAGGUCGGCAAAGCGGCUCUUCGACCUCCCCGAGGAGCAAAAGAUGAAGUUCUAUAUUGGAAACUCUCCUAAAUUCCGCGGCUACAGCCCCCUGGGUGGCGAGAAAUCCACAGGAACAGACGAUGAUCCCAUUGCCGAAGAAGACGCAGUCAGUGCUCUCUCCGAGGCAUUUGACAUUGGAUACGAAACGGCAAUGGAUCCGCAAAAAUCGAAAGAUGACCCUCUUCCCCGUGAUCCCUAUGGAUUGUGUGGAGAUAAUCAAUGGCCCGGCCAAGAUAUACUUCCAGAAUUCACAGAGACCCAUAUUGAAUAUUGCGCUCUAAUGCUAGGACUCUGCAGAAAUUUGAUGAAAAUAUUCGCCCUUGCUUUAGGCUUGCCCGAAGAGCACUUUGAUUCGAUGACUCGGAACCCAGGUGUCACGUCUAGGAUGAUGCAUUACCCACCUCAGCCGGUGAAAGAAGAGGUCCGUGAAGGACUUGGAGCCCACACGGAUUUCGAAUGCUUCACUAUCCUCUCCCAGGGUAGUGUCCCGGGCCUGCAAGUCUUGAGCCACAGCGGCCAGUGGAUACUAGCACCGCCAUUACCGGGGACAUUGGUCGUCAACAUUGCGGAUUGCUUAUCAAUUUGGACGAACAAAAAGUUCAAGUCUACUAUUCAUCGUGUGACAAAUUUGACCGGGCAAGAACGUUACUCCAUUCCUUUCUUCUUUGGAGUCGACUAUAAUACAACAGUGUCAGUUCUGCCAAACCAUAUUUCGGAUGAUAGACCUGCAUGUAAGGAGCCAUUCAAAGCCGGCGAGUGGGUUCGCGAAAAGCUAUCAAAGGCAUAUGUUGGCUACGAAGGCUAG